GAAAGGUAGCGCUGGUUACCUUGGUUACAGUAGACGCGCUGAGCUGCUGAAAUACUGCUAAAGUUUAUUUCAGUAGGAAGUACCGGAAAAAGGUAAUUGAAAUGCAGCAAAAAAAGGAAGACUCGGUCCAAAUAGAAGUAAACGCAGAAGAGAGUGUGCUACCGAGUGAAGAAAUAGGGGAAAAUCCAAACACAGAUUGUCACACUGCACAGGAAUCAGCUCCAGCAUACACAGAAAAUAAAGAUCAUGUGACUUUAAAGAGCCAACCUAGCACAUCAGGGGAAAAGGAAAACGGGAUCAGGAUGACCAAAAAGUUUUUGCGAGAUCUCUGCAAACAGCAAAAAUUAUAUGUGACACCAUAUUUAAAUGACACACUUUACCUACACUACAAAGGGUUCAUGCAUAUUGAAAAUCUAGAUGAAUAUACAGGAUUGAGAUGUCUCUGGCUAGAGUGUAAUGGUUUACAGAAGAUUGAGAAUUUAGAAGCUCAGUUGGAGCUCAGAUGUCUUUUUCUGCAUCAGAACAUGAUCAACAAAAUUGAGAACCUUGAAAAUCUUCAAAAGCUGGACUCUUUAAACCUAUCCAACAACUAUAUCAAGACCAUAGAAAACUUGUCUUCUCUACCAGUACUGACCACCCUGCAGAUUGCACACAACCAGCUGCAGAAAGUUGAAGAUGUAAAGCACUUAGAGGAUUGUCCCAGUAUCAGUGUUCUGGAUUUAUCCCAUAAUAAACUGGGUGACCCGGAAGUAAUCAACAUUCUUCAGAAGAUGCCAAACUUGCGUGUCUUAAACCUUAUGGGAAAUGAACUCAUUAAGAAGAUUCCUAAUUACAGAAAGACACUCACUGUGCAGUUAAAAGAGUUGACCUAUCUGGAUGACAGGCCGGUCUUUCCAAAAGACAGAGCAUGUGCUGAAGCCUGGGCAAGAGGGGGCAGAGAAGCUGAGAGGGAGGAGAGAGAAAAAUGGGAGACACGAGAAAGAAAGAAGAUCCAAGAUAGUAUUGAUGCAUUAUCUGAUAUUAAGCAGAAGGCGGAAGAGAGGAGAAAACAAAAAGAGAAAGAGGAGACAGAAGAAUUGCAUCCAGAAUGCACUGAAACACUGGAGGGGGAACAGAGUAAUGCCACAAAUGAAGAGUCUGAAGAGGAGAUUGUAAUGGAAUCUUCGGAGCUUUGUGAGGGCAACAGUGAGAAUAAGUCACCUGUUAAUCCUCCCAUGCAGACUCAGUGUAGAGAUGAUCAUUUUACACAAAUAGACACCCACGAUCAUCAGGGCAAACAGUUUGCUAAGAAGAAUGACUUAUUUUCAUCCCCAAUGUCACAGGAUAUUGGUGGAGAAGGUAUGCUGACUACUGAACUGAAGGGUUCUGAUGAUGUUAAAACUAUUGACCUGAAAACCACAGAAAAGCUUUUUAUUGAUGAUCUACCAGAGUUGGAAGAUGUGGAUAUUAAUGAACUUUCUGCAACUGACGAAACAAACAAUCGCAAGGCAAUAUACCGUCCAAAGAUUGAAGUUAUUUCCGGGGAUACUGAUGACAGUGAUACCGAGUGGCAUACAGAUGACCUGUCCUUGGAUAUUGACAAGAACCUGCAGACGGCUUCAAAUAUCUUUGCAGAGCCAAGCAGUGAGGAGCCAUGUUUCCUACCUGUUGUACAAGAACUCAUACCACAUACAAAGGUUGAUGCUGUUCAGAGUAAAGCUUCCCGGACACUAAUCCAGGAGCUUGAUUCUUUUGAUUCAGAUCAUCACAGUUUGCAGCUAUCUGAGAACAAGGGAGAAAUUAUUUUGCCUGGUGAAUGUGAUAAAGAAGAAACAACUCCUCAAUCCUUAGUAACUAUCCUUCAUGUAGAGGAAGAUGACAUUGAAUAUAGACUUGACUAAUAUAUACAAUUAAAUAUUUUAUUUAAUAUGUUCUUUUUCUGAGACCUAAUUUAUUCUCCAUUCUGAAAUAACUGUUUAUGUUUAAAAUAUAUCUCUCUACCCGGUUUCCCCCACUUGUACUCACCUUUCUGUCCUUGAAAAUAAUGAGAGAAACUAAGAAAUACUAAAUCUACAUUAUCCAAAGUAAUACAGGUAAAAAAAACCUUUAUCAAAACUGAUUGGGACCGGAAAUGGUUUGGAUUUUGGAAUAUUUGCAUUUGUAAAAUGGGACAGCUUGGGAGGGAAUGGGACCAAGUGCAAACAUGAAAAUAUUGCCUAAAUUCCAUAAGAUAUUGAUGUCAUAAUUCAGCUUAUACAUACAACUAAAUGUAGUUUUAUAUCAUUUUAAUAAUGUUGUAUACAUAGUAUUAGACAGUACAGUACUGUAAUCUGAAAGGUAGUAGUUGUUGUUUUAGAUAAAUAUAGACUAUUGCUUGCAUUUGAGAACACAAAAUCCAAACCAAAGGCACAAGCAGAUAACAUUGUGAUUACAGGCAGGGAAAAGUGUACAUUAUUGAUACAUUUUAUAUAAAAAAAAUAUUAAUUAAAACAUUUUGAUUUCAGAAUAAGUUUGGAUUUUGGAAUUCCAGAUUUGGGGAUUUGCACCUGUACUUGUAAAAUGCUUAUUUGAAACUCCACACAACACUGUUGUGUCGGAAAAUUGUCAGCAAUAAGGCAGAACAGUGACGUGCUAUUUAUAUACUUCCAGGAAGUCUGUAUACAUAGGUGUGUAAUGUUCAAUACUAAGGAGAUAUAUUUUUUAUGUUUUAUCAUUUCUCGCAAAAAAAACUUUUUUAAAGCACAUUAAUGUAUUUUUUUACUAAAUGUGUAGCCUAUAUCAGAAAUCGGUAAAGAUCUGUGUACAUAAUAGAUAUCUUACAAUAAUCUAACACUGUCAUAUUAUUUGUACAAUUUACAAGGUUUUAUGAAUUAACAACCCCUUGAAAAUCUAAAUGGAAUUUAUGUUCUCCUUUGCGGUGGCCAUUUAGGCACAUACAUAAAUUAGUUUUUCCUAGGCACUGUUAAGAAUUUUAAUCAGUUUUAAUAAAAGUUACAUUAUAACUUUUUAAA